AUGGCUACUUUGACACAGUCGAAGAGCAAUGCAUCGGCUCACAAUGACUUGAUACAUCGUCCUUCUGUCACGACGGCGUUGCCGGCUGGAGAUAACCCAAAUCUUGAAGGCCUGAGUGCGGAUGAAGCUGCAUUGACGGCUCUGGGUUAUAAACAAGAGUUCAAGCGAGAAUUCUCGUUAUGGACAACUUUUUGUGUUUCUUUUGCUGUGCUUGGAUUAUUGCCCAGUUUCGCGAGUACCUUAUAUUAUGGUAUGGGCUAUGCAGGUACUGGAGGAAUGGUUUGGGGGUGGUUGGUAAGUUGGUUCUUCAUCCAAUGUGUCGCUAUGGGAAUGGCAGAGUUGUGUUCGAGUAUGCCAACUAGUGGUGGACUAUAUUAUGCUGCAGCAGUACUCGCUCCUCCAGGAUGGGGUGCAUUUGCAGCUUGGAUAACUGGAUGGUCAAAUUGGAUGGUCCAGAUCACAGGAGCACCCAGUGUGGACUAUGCGCUCGCUGCCAUGAUUCUAGCUGCCGCAUCAAUCACUCACCCCGAGUACGAGCCAACAAAUUACCAGACCUUCUUAUUGACUGUCUUGAUCAUGAUCAUCCAUGGAGUUAUAUCGAGUAUGCCAACAUUAUGGAUUGCGAAGUUCAAUUCCUUUGGAUCGACGUUGAACAUGAUAGCUUUGUUGGUAGUAAUAAUCAUGAUUCCAACGUCGGUCACCGGAACCGCUACAACGCCAAAAUUCUUUCCUUCAAAGGAGGUCUGGUCUAUCCAGAAUGGUACCGAUUGGCCAGAUGGAGUCGCAGUCCUCAUGUCGUUUAUCGCCAUUAUUUGGACAAUGUCCGGAUAUGAUGCCCCGUUCCAUCUCUCGGAGGAGUGCAGUAAUGCCAGUAUCGCAGCCCCACGCGCCAUCGUUCUGACCAGUGGAAUUGGAGGUCUUAUGGGAUGGGCUUUGCAACUUGUUGUUGCUUACACUGUCAUCGAUAUCACCGAGGUCAUUGAUUCCCCGCUUGGACAACCAUGGGCAUCGUAUCUCGUUCAAGUGAUGCCACAGAAGAUCGCGCUCGCUAUCCUUGCCCUCACUAUUAUGUGCGGAUUUUUUAUGGGCCAAGGAUGUAUGGUGGCCGCUUCUCGAGUGACUUUCGCCUAUGCUCGAGACGAUUGUUUUCCAUGUUCUUGGUGGAUCAAGAGAAUUAAUAAGUCUACUUACACUCCAGUCAAUGCCGUGUGGUUCAAUACUGUCAUAGGUUGCCUUCUUCUGUUGUUGAUAUUUGGCGGAAGCGUAGCCAUUGGCGCCAUAUUCUCCGUUGGUGCCAUCGCAGCCUAUGUUGCCUUCACCAUCCCUAUCUUUAUUCGCGUAUUCUUCGUUGGCGAUAGAUUUCGACGCGGGCCAUGGCAUCUUGGCAAAUUCAGCAAGCCGAUUGGAAUGGCCGCCUCUUCUUUUAUCCUUGUUAUGAUGCCAAUCCUCUGCUUUCCAGCGUAUAAAGGCAACGAUCUCACUGCCUCUUUGAUGAACUGGACCGUGGUUGUUUAUUUCGGACCGAUGAGUAUAGUAACGAUCUGGUGGUUCGUGUCAGCACAUAAAUGGUUCAAAGGACCUGUGAUCAAUGUCGAGCAUCAUAUGAUGGGUAGAGACCCGGAAGAAAUUAUGGAAGGCGUUGAAGAUAGUUCAGAUGAUGGAAAGACGAAGCCAAGUCCCUUCGAAAAGAAAGCCGAGCUAGGAGGGAAUCGGGCUCUUGGGACUUCGGCAGUAACUCAGUGA